UCCAAACUUGAAAGAGAACAGAGAAGUGAGUCGACUUGUCAGUCAGUCUAUUCACUAUGGAUGUUAGAGUUUCAAAACACAACCAAAUGGAUUAUAACUCUGAUGAUAUGGAAUCGAAACAUGGGAAAAUUGUACCUUGCCAAGAAGACCGUUUUGAUAGCGGUAUGGAUUCUCUAAAAGAGUAUGAAUAUGUUAACCUUGUGAAUGAGCUGGAGGACUUGAGAGUGGCCAAUGUCGAAAUCAAGGCAAACCCCUGCAGUAAUGAACCCUGGAGGAAAACAGUGACCGAGGAUGGAGACACGUAAGUUCACUUUUAUCUUUGGUAAUGUUGCAUUUAAACGGGACCUAGGCCUAUAGACCUACUGCAAGCGCAAAAAGGCAAAUUUAAAUAUCCUAAUUAUAAUCCAAAGCAAUGUUUUGAGAAUACAGCACUUUAUGCAAAAUCCUAUGCGUUCAUAAAGAAUACAAAACGCACAGAUAUGCUCAUGUUAUUAAGAUAAUGUCAAAUUAAGCAGCUAUAGUCAGAAUUUGCAAGUAAACAAAAGGCCUUUUGGACUCGGUCGUAUUCUGAGUAUGUACUUUGCCUCAGAGCUGCGCCUAGGCGGUGCUAAAGUCAGCACUGCGCAGUUAGGAAAGUCCCUGACGAGAUGCCAGGAAUGAUAAUGCAUCAGAUGUGUCAAGCCGCAACUGGUGGAAAUAACCCGAAAAAAAUAUUUUCUUGCGCAAGGCUCUAGUGCUCGCGCUUUGUUUAACCACUUCCUCUGCGCCAUGCACAUUUGAAGCGCAGCCUUUUUUUUAAAACUCUUUAUUUUCCUCUCCUCCACACAGGUUUCUCCACCUGGCCAUUAUUCAUGAAGCCACAGAACAAGCAGAGCAGAUGAUCAAACUGUCACACAAUGAUCAUAUAUUACUGGAUGCACAGAACAAUCAGAGACAGGUAAUUAUUGAUGACCAAUAGGAAAAUAGAUAAUUGAUUAAUUGAACAAAUAUAUAGGUCAAUAAAAAAAAACAUACUUAAUUUGUUAAUUAAAACACAAUUAAUUGGUUGAUAAACAACUGUCUUAUUGAAACAAGUUGUCAUCACUACACAUACAUAGUUAUUAACAGUUAUAAACAAGCCAUCUAAAUGGUGGUAUUUACACCUGAAAACAAUAGCUAACAACCUAAAUCUUCUCUCAGACUGCGCUCCACCUGGCAGUGAUCACAGAACAGCCCCAUCUGGUAGAGAGGCUACUGAAGGCCGGGUGUGACCCGCGGAUAGCAGACGACAGUGGGAACACCGCCCUCCACAUCGCCUGUAAGAAGGGCUCUCUCACUUCCUUCAGUGUGAUCACCCAGAACUGCCUCCGCCACCUCAGCUCCAUCCUCACCUUCCCCAACUACAGCGGACACAACUGCCUCCACCUCGCCUCCAUUAAUGGAUACCUCUCCAUGGUGGAGAACCUGGUUCAGCUUGGUGCCGAUAUCAAUGCACAGGUAUGUUCAUCACACAGGUAUUCUGUUGCCAAGAAUCAAGUAUCCCCAUUGAUUAUUGAAAACCUAAAUGUAUUCUCAGACCAAAGGAACUAAUGUUUGGUGUAUUUUUGUUUCCCCUCAGGAACAAUGUAGCGGUCGUACAGCGCUCCACCUGGCCGUAGACCUCCAGAACCUAUCCCUGGUCCACCGGCUCCUCUCCCUGGGGGCAGAUGUCAACAGUGUGACAUACGGGGGCUACACGCCGUACCACCUGACCUAUGGGCGUCAGAACGCUGAGAUCCGCCACCAGCUGUAUGAGAAGACGACCCAGGAGCUUAGAGAGCUGCCUGAGAGCGAAUCAGAAGAGAGCGAGGAGGAGUGCCUGUCUGAUGAUGAACAGGUGAGAUGGUAACAACAGCUACACUGGUUUCUCUUGUAAAAGAGAUUUGAUCUCUGUAUAAAUAAAGGUUAAAUGAAUUAAAAACUGCAGUACUAGAGAGAGGGGGCAAAGGCUCUAUCUGGACAAAUGGAUUGACUAUAGUACCAAAUAAAUAUUGUUUUCUAUUUAAAUUACAGUUGAGUUUACAGAUUCCUAAUGUUGUUUCUUUUUUUCUCCACAGAUGUACGAUGACAUUACAUUCGGGCAGAAUUGAAGUGGUCGCAUCACAUGGUGAUGUGAAUCAAGUCGAUGAAGCUGCUACUGGCCAGUCCAGUUCAGUCAAAGCGCAGUGGGAACUCCAGGUCCCAGAAGCCUUCGGGAGAGCCACCUAGAGCUGGCCGACAGACAAGGCGACAGAGAGACAAGACUGAAGAUGGCGUUCGGUCGGGAUAGAAGUCUGGUGUUCCGUGAAGAUCAAACGCACCGGAACACAUAAUAUGACCCCUGACCUCUGAGAGAAUUAUUAUAUUUUCAUGUAUAUAUCAGUAAUAUAUUGUAAAUACACAGAUAUAUUUUUAUACUUGGAAUGUUUUUAUUAAAUGUGAGUGAAACACUAUUGAAAAGAAUCAAUAAAAUAUGCAUCUAUAAAUAUAAA